CACUUAGCUGGGAAGUUAGUCGAGUCGUGAUUUCGAUUGUCACCGGGCAGGAAUCAUUAGAGGAUACUCAAUAAUUUUUACCUAGUUAAAAUGGCCUUAGACCUGUACUACAUGCCGCUAUCGGCACCAUGUCAAUCGAUCCGCUUGCUGGCCAAGGCCAUGAAUCUUCACAUCAACCUGGUCCACGUAGACUUGAUGAAGGGGGAGCACAUGAAGCCGGAGUUCUUGAAGCUCAACCCACAGCAUACCAUCCCGACUCUGGUGGAUAACGAUUUCGUCCUGUGGGAAUCGCGUGCCAUUUUGGUCUACCUCUGCGAGAAAUACGGCAAAAACGACAAGCUUUACCCGCGUGACCCGAAAAAGCGAGCCGUUGUCAAUCAACGGUUGUAUUUUGACAUGGGGACGCUGUUCAAACGAUUCGCCGAUUACUACUUGCCGGUAAUAUUCCAGAACCAAAAGUUCAGCGAAGAAAAGCUAAAACAAUUGGAAGAAGCGUUCGAUUUUCUGGAAAUCUACCUUGGUAAGAGCACCUACGUCGCCGGCGAUAAGAUUACGGUGGCGGACUACACCGUGCUGGCAACGGUCACCGCGAUGAAGGUUGCCGCCGAGAUCGAUUUCUCCAAGUAUGCCAACAUUGAGCGCUGGUAUGCGCAACUCAGCGAGGAAGUGGUCGGACACGAGGAAGUUUGCGUGCAGGGUGCGCAACAAAUGAAACCAUUCUACGAUGCAGCCAAAAAAGCGGCAGCCGAAGAGUGACACAGCAACAUAGAUAUUGGCGGAUGUACGCCCACCUUGAUCGGAGUAAAAUCCCCCGAGUACUGAGAAGUGUUUAUUUGUUUUACGUUCUGCUCACGGCUAGUUGGAAUCACACAUCUCUUUAUGUGGAUGGGGGCUUCAUACACAUAGAUAGACAUAAGUGUUAGAAGCUUAGCGGGGUAUCCAUCAGGGGGGUCUCGCCCCUACUGAGGAAAAAUAGCUGUUUUGUUUUUUUUUAUCAAAGAUUAAAAACAAAUAAAUCAUGUGAGCAAUCACAAAUUUGAA